UCAGUCAUGAACAAGAUCAUCGUCUAUGAUGGGCAAAACUUCGAGGGCAUCAGCAGAGAGUUCACCAGUGAUGUCCCGAAUUUAACUGAUGAGAAUUUUAACAACUGCAUCUCCUCUCUGAAGGUCAUCGGGAAUCCAUGGGUGGCGUACAAAGAUACAAAUUUCACUGGUGAACCGACCAUCUAUGAGGAUGGAGAAUACCCCAAUGUGUACUACGAUAAUGACUUAUCUUCACUCGAACUGGUGACAGAGAACUUGGAUGAUCCUCAGAUCACACUGUAUGAAGAGGAAAACUACAAAGGCCGGAGCCUCAUCGUCAAACAUGAGACCAACCUGCUUUACGGCACUUUUAAUGAUACAGCAUCUUCUCACAAGGUGCAGAGAGGAGCCUGGGCUCUGUAUCAGCACAGGGACAGGGGCGGGUACGUCCGGGUGGCCAGAGCUGGUCAUGAUAUGCCUAAGUACGAGUGGUUCGACAACCGUCUGACUUACCUCUGUCCUCUUAAAGCAGGCCACCCCAGUAUUAAAGCUGAAGUUGAAUGGGACAAAAUGAAAGAGCAUGAAAAAACAGUUACACUCGUCUCCAUCACUGGUAUAAAUAAUGGAUCAGAGAAACAAUCCCUCAACACUGAGCUGAAUCGAGAGUUCAGGGGAUACGUCAAUGAAAGCUUUAAAUUUAGCGAAUCCUCACAGAUUGGUGUGGGAACCAAGUUUGAAAUAAUAGUGUCUGAUGUUAAAACAAAGAAAACCUUCAAUGUCAGAGACACCUUUCCAGUGGAGAAGGGCAGCAGCAACACCAGAACCACAACUGAGGGAAUCAAAGUCGCCUUUCCAGCCAGCGUUCCUCCUCACACCAAACUCACAGUGAACGUGGUGAGGAAGAAGGUGAUCAUUACAGUCCCUGUGAAGCUGACCAUCACCACCGGCUUUACCUCUAAGGUUGAGAAUGGAGAGUACAGGUGUGAGGAUGGGAAUUCUAUUACCACUGAAUACAAGGAGGUGAAGAUGGCGUGAGGAACAAAACACAGAAAAGAUUUACUGUUACAAAUAUUAUAGGAAGUUAAUUAGCAGGUUUUUACCUAUCAGAAUUUAAGAAUUAAAAUUGUAUUAAAAUUGAU